CAAGGAAGCCCAGGGACUGGCGCGCCAAAUUUCAAAGGACUUCCUCCUGGGAGGAAAGGAGACGAAAGGCUGAACUGAAGUCUGGGAAAGAAAGGCGAUUAAAACCUGCAGAAACUAUUGAACUUUGUACAAGAACAUAUAAACUAACUGUGCAGUCGGAGGGGUCGACGCUGCUGGAGGAUUAACUCACGUAGAGUCACCGAGAAGCUCUGUUAUUAUCAGACAGUCCUCAGCGUUACACCCUGUCACACUCCCACCUGUGAGACAGCUGAUGUUAGUUGAUGUCAGGAGCAGGUUUUUUAAUCUCACACACACACACACAUAGAGAGGAUCAGAUGACAGCUGGAAUAUUAAACUUCAAAACUAUGAAAAGCUAAAAGUCACGGCUGUCAAGUUCCCCGGCAGGUUUUACUUUCCACUGUUUCCAAUGUUUGCUGUACCUCUCCCUUUAGUGGCGUUAUGACACACACGCUGUCCACUUUGCUGGAGGUUUUUAGUCCCAAAUCUACCUUCUCAUCGCCUCCACUUCAUGUCGCAUUUAAUCUGUUUGAGUUGAGCUCAUAACGGUGUGUAGAGGCACUCUUUAACAGCUUAUUCACACUCUCUCCAUCCUCAUUAUUUAUUCAUGUGUUCACAGCAGGACUCAAGUCAUUCACUUUUUAAAUUAAUGCAAACAUCUGCUGCUGUAAGCUGCUGCACCUGCCUGUAACCUUCACGCUCGCUGCUCAAAGCCCAGAAUAUUUGAUCUUUUAUUGCAGCUUUAUGUUAGCAGUCAGCGCUCUUUGGUGGAACCUAGAUGCUUUUAAUUUAACUUCUGCACAUUAGCCAACAGUCGUACCCCACAAUGGAUCGCAGCCUCCUGUAGCUCAGGGUCUGUCACAGACAGGGUGUGGCCUCUGGGUGGGGCAGGGGGAGAGUGUUGCGGUGGCAGACAAUCAAACCCUUCAGUCAUGCUGUCCGGGGUGCAGCCAUGCUUCCAGCUUCUUCGGAUCGGUUCCUCCGCCGGAGACUCGGCCCGGGACCUGUACACGUUCAGGCCGGCGCUGAACCACUCUGUGUUCCGUCUGGGCCGAGCGGCGGAGGUGUGCGACGUCACGCUGGACUCCACGUCGGUGUCCCGGAUCCAUGCUGAGCUGCACGCAGAAAGAGAGGGGAGCGGAGGUGAUGCAGCCCCCCGCGAGGAGGGCUGGACGGUUCACAUCAAAGACAGGAGCAGUCAUGGUACCUGGGUCAACGAGGUCCGCCUGCAGCCGGGCAUCCAGUGGGAGCUCUCUGACAACGACACGCUGACCUUCGGUAGCCAGUCGGCUUCUGGCAGCUCUGAGUUUUACUUCAUUUUCCAGAAGGUCAAAGUUCGGCCGCUGGAUUUCGAUGCCAUCACAAUUCCAAAGGCGGGAACAUUCUCCUCGGACUUACAAAACCGGAUCAGAACCAACCUGGACCGCAAAGUGGCCGCCAACCUGGACCUGUCCAAGAUGUCCAUCAACCGAGCAACCGUCAUCCUCAACUCCAUCGGCAGUCUGAGCAAGAUGAAGGGCAGCGCCUGGACCUUUAAGAGGAGCCACAGUGUCGACGGAGCCGCCUCAGACCCCGGCUCCUCCUCCUCGCCCCCGCUGGCUGUGGGCUUCUCCUCUCUGCUCCCUCCCUCCACACCUCCAUCCUUCUCAUCCUCCUCCGCAGCCUCAGUGCCUUCAACGAAGUCCCUCCAGCCGACGUCCAGGAGCAGGAGGAAGUCUGCUCACACGGUGCUGCUGGAGGACGACAGCUCAGACGAGCCCAGGAGUCGAGUAGCUCUACCAGGAGUCGUGGAGGAUGGACAGAGAGCGAGGGCGAAGAAGAGACGGCGGCUCUACAUGUCUGAUUCAGAGAGCUUCUGCUCCGCUCCUCCUCCUCCUCUCCCGCUGCAGCCAAAGAGCCACAGCGACGUCCGGCGCCCGCUGGAGGCCAAACCUUUCCCCGUCGGCAUCAGGACAAUCGGAAGUUUCCACGGCGCCAUGACCAACAGCCGACUGAACCAGCACCUCCUGCAGGCAUCGUUCACAAACCCCGCCGUGCACAAACAGGAGGUGCAGACGGUGCACCGAGUCCAGACGGUGAUGCACGGGAACAUCUCGGCUUUCCGUCAACAGAAACCUGCACACUGUUCCACGACGGCCCAGAGAGGCAGGCGGAGAGCCAACAGCUCCCCCGUCUUCUCCCCUCUGGUGGUCGGAGGGGAGAACUACAGCCUGGCUUCCCCGUCAGUGAGGAUCCGCACAGAGGAGAGAGGGAGAGUGACGUUCAACAGAUAUCACCACCCAGCAAGCAAACGACGAGGGCGCCCCAGGAAACACCCUCUCCCUCCCCGGCCCUCCCUGCCCUCUCCAUCCUCCUCGUCCUCCUCCUCCACCUCCUCAGCCUCCUCCUCCUCCGGCUCCUCCUCGUCUUCCUCCUCCGAUGAAGAUGACGAAGAAGAGGAAGAGGAGGAGGGAGUGACGGGCGGGGCGGUGGAGCCGUGCGCGGCCCCUCGGUGCCGGCUGCCCCAGCAGGACACGGUGCAGUGGAUCCAGUGUGACGUGUGCGAUGCCUGGUUCCACAUAGACUGUCUUCACGUGGACCGCAAGAAGCUGCUGAGGGACCCCAACGCAGACUUCCACUGCGGGUGUCGCUGAAACGACGGGGGGAACCGAGUUUGAGAUGUAGAACUGUGACGCUCCAGUUUAGACUUUACAGAUUUCUCUCAUCAAAUCUUCACCUUCUUGAACACCUCGUGUGGUAAUCAGACUUCUCUCUACGGACCAGCUGCUACUUCUUCUCAUGUCCACUGAGCUGCUCUCCUCGUGCAUGCAGUCAAGUUUUCAUACCUCAACACAACCUCAAGAAAAGAAAAAAAAGGGUUCUUUCUAUUCUUCUAUCCUGAUCCUCUCCAUGUUUGAGGAUCCAGUCACACAGCUGCUUCACAAACCUCUCGCCAGACUCAGGAAACUCUCUCUCUUUGGAGGAUGGAGGCAAAUCUGUAAUGAGCUGUCUCAGGCCUGAUUUCACUUUGGCUCUGGCUGCCUGGAGAGGCUCGACCAGGGGCGGGGAAACAUGAUGAAAUGCCUCUAUGUACACUCCCACGGUGGCUUGUGUUGACCACAGGGCAGGUGGUGUUCAGGAAGAUUAAUGAAAUGUUUCAGACCAGGCUGCUACAGUGCGAGUCCAAACAGGACGGUACAACUGUUCCACAUGUCACCCAGCAGCUACGGUCUCUGUUUCAGCGACCUGAGCUGAAUGGGAUCACUUCAGAACAUAAAACUCAACGUGCUCGGCCAGAAAAGCUCUGACUGUAAAAAAAAAAAAAAAAAAGGAAGAGAAACAGUGCUGUGCUUGUGUUUCUGUGCCUCUGCCAAAACAAAACUUUAUGAAAAGUCUCCGAGCGUUCCUCCCCGGCGGCGGCAGCUGUCUCGGAGUGGGCGUGUGAUGUUUCAAGACAAUUAAACCGCAGAAAAAGUGUCAGCAGACUUCCACAGUGGCUGCUGAUGAGAGGUGCUCUCGGGACGCUAAUCAAAUGUUUGAAGACACUUCAGCAGAAGCAGCUGCCGGGUUUUAAAAGGAAGGGGGGUGAGGUGUGUGUACAGAGGGACCGUGUUGUUUGGAGAUGUCUGAGUGCAGGCUGGCAGGGUGUCUGCUGCAGGUUUGGGAGGACUCAUUACCGGUGAAAUGUUGAGAAAUACAAACAGCUGAUGGAACGGGAGAAUCAGGAAAUGAUGUAAUUAAUGUAAUGUCUCAGAUGAGUCCAAGGUCAGAGUCUCUUUUCUCUACACUACUGAAAUCUGAGCCGAAGCAGAGUCCUUUAAAACGGGCUGAUCUGAUCUGGAGUUCUGCAAAGUGACGCUCCAGUAUUUCAGCUCAGGUGUCACUUGAAUGAAAACAAAACAAAGCUAGAAUUCCUCCAUUAACUUCUGAAGCACCUUUUUCUAUUUAAUCCUAAAAUUUGACUUAGGAUGACUCGUCUGGGGGGGAAACCGGCAGUAGCAGUUUUAGCAGUCAGAGUUCAAAUUCUGUGUAAUAAUUGCUACAAUCACUCUGAUGCAGAGUCAGUCAGAUAACAGGAAGCUGUUCAAUAUUAUUUCUGCGUUGUUGUUGUUGUUGUGUAAAAAAAAAAAAGAAGUGUUGACCUGUUUUUAAUUUCCUCUUACCACUCUCACACACCUGCAGGUUGAGAGUGAGAGGGGAAAAAAAGAGGGGUGUGUAGAUAAGUUGAUUCUCAAGCAAUAAGAUAGGAAUCUAAAGAAAAACUAAAAACUUUAUUUUUUAGUCGUUGAAGAAAAAGCUGCAAAGAAAAAAAAACAUGUUCUUCAUUUAUUUUGAGCUGAUUGGUUUUAAAGAUCAGUGUUCAGUGAAAACCAGAAGAGUGUAUUUAAUGUAAUAAAUGUAGUUUUAUAUGUCAGGGGAUCAUUUCAUCACAGUUUUAACAACAGUUGAAAAAAAAUGCCAGGUUUCAUUACUGCAGUACUUCAUUAUCCACUGAGAACUCCUUAAAAGACGUGUGGUGGAUUUGUGAAGUUGAUCAUCAGUCGGUUGUUUUCUGCUUCUGUAUUUCUUAAAAAACAGAGUUUAACACUUUCUUCUGCCAGUCAAAGAUUUUUAAGUGUUGCAUCUUUUUUUUUUUUGUCACCUAAUUUUUUUAUCUGGUAAUAUAUUCGAACGCCUGUUUAUGUAGAAAAAAAAAAAGUGCCAUCUCCAUCUCCACUUCUCCUGUCGGUGUUGUUCACAGUGUCACGCUGCUGUGCGAGCGCUGUCACUUUCAUGCCAAACCGUCGUAAAUGUCUUAAGAAAGCUGUUUUUGGAAGUAAGAUAUGUGCUGCCUGUACGAGGGUGCUACUUUUUAAUUGGAGGGAAACUGGCAGUAUGACACAAAACAAUAAAAAUAGAGUAUUAAUCAUGUUGUGUUUAAGAGAGAGCCAAGUGCUACGUCAAUGCGAUACAAAAAGAAGCUCCUAAAAUGUCGACUGUCUCAGAUUUAUUCCUUUUAGUGUCACACUGCCAGCUCUGUCUUUGAGUUAGAACAAGUUCAGCUUUUCAGGUAAUGCAGAUUUGACUUCAAGACCAACAAAAAACGAGCCAAUCCACAGAAAUAGGUUCAGUUUUUUUAAAUCUUAAGGAAGCCGCUCCCUCAGCCCUCUUUCCGGGGUCUGACUGAACCUCUUGCAACUUAAGUCACAUCAACACUUGGAUAGAAAUCUAGUUUCUUAAUCCAUUAAUGCUAAAUCAAACCUUUUCAUGUAAAAGUUAAAGCUCCUGUGAGGAACUUUCUGUUUGUGUCGAUUUUGGCGCCCCCUGUUGUCAAAGUGUAUCUCAGAAACAUGUUCAUCCCUAAGUUAGCCGCCCCAUCAGCCCUCUUUGAAAUCCCCAAAUAAUCCAGGAUCCCACUGAACCUCUCACAACGCAAGUCAUAUCAACACUUGGAUCAAAAUCUAGUUUCUUAAUCCAUUAAAGAAAAAACAAACCUUUCAUGUAAAAGUUAAAGCUCCUGUGAGGAACUUUCUGUUUGUGUUGAUUUUGGCGCCCCCUGUUGUCAAAGUGUAUCUCAGAAACAUGUUCAUCCCUAAAUUAGCCGCUCUCUCAGCCCUAUUUGAAAUCCCCAAAUAAUCCAGGAUCCCACUGAACCUCUCACAACGCAAGUCACAUCAACACUUGGAUCAAAAUCUAGUUUCUCAAUCCAUUAAAGCAAAAUCAAACCUUUCAUGUAAAACUUAAAAUUUCUGUUUGUGUUGAUUUUGGCGCCCCCUGUGGAGACGAGUGAAAGAGGCCGUUCCUGCACGGUGCUGUAAACUGCCCCCCCUCUACGGUGCUCACAGUUUUGUCAGUGUUGUUGUUGAUGGUCUAGUUUGCUUUUGGAGGUGGUAAAGAGACAUCACUGUUAAAUUCAGUGUUUUGAAACUCUUCACAGGAGCUUUAAAGUUCUAAAUGUAACCAUAAAUCACAACGUUUAACCUCGUACCUGUAAAAUGAAACUGAAGUGUUGUGGUCGAGUUUCUGUGUCACCUUUUUGAUCAUUGGACUGUUUUUAUUGUCACUAUUCUGUGUCUGUCAUCUUCUAAACCUCCAUCACUCAAGGCCUGACUUCUUCACCGAGUCUAAAUCAAACAUGCCUGAAUGUGUGAGACUCUUGGUGGUGUGCGCCGCCUCUCUUCUGAAUCUCAUGUCAAAGAGAUGUUUUUUGUAAAUCCGGGCACAUUUCAUGAAUCAGUUUCUCAUCUCCUCGCUCUUCUUCACUUUAAUCACCACAUUCAGAUGCAGACGCAGCACAGUGUCUGGCUUUGUUGUUGUUUGUUUGGGUUUGUACAGAAUUAAAGCAAUUGUUGUGAUUCUCUGAGAUGUGAUCGGCAUCAAAGUUAUCAGAGAAGAAAUAAAGACUAUUUAGAAAACCUC